AUGAAUGGUGUUCUAAUAAUCAAUGCCCAACCCCUGUGCCAAGACCUUUGCUUGUGCCUAUUAAAAGGAGCAUCCAGAGAGAUUCAUUCACACUAAACUGUCACAUCCGCCAUGUGGCUCCUCGUAGUUGUUGUAUGGUUAGUAGUGUGGGUGGGGGGUACCUACUGGUACCUCUUUGGCAAGCGCAGUCCCUUCUCCUUGGAAUCUGUCAGGCCUCCUGGACCACGAGAGUUUGACCAGAAGAAGCGGGACAAAGUCAUCAAGCAAGGUUUCAGUCUGGAUAAGGUGCCCCGGGACUUGGAUGUCAUUGUGAUCGGCAGUGGCAUUGGCGGGCUGGCAGCCGGUGCCACACUUGCCAAGGCGGGCAAGAAGGUCCUGGUUCUGGAGCAGCACGACCAGGCUGGAGGCUGCUGUCACACAUACAUUGAGAAGGGCUUUGAGUUCGAUGUCGGUCUUCAUUACAUUGGUCAGUUGCACGAGAAUAGUCUGUUGCGGAUCAUCUUCGACCAGAUUUCUGAAGGUCAGCUGGAGUUCCAGGAGCUCAACCGGCACUUUGACACCAUUCAGAUCGGCCUGGGAGAUGACCGACGGGAGUAUAGCAUCGUCUCAGGAAAAACUGAGAUGAAGGCUCACCUAAUAAAGCAGUUUCCUGAUGACGCGGAGGCAAUCGAGACAUUUUUCAAGAUAAUGAAGAUCUCAGCCAAGAAGACACACUACCUGGCAACCUUGAAGCUCAUCCCGCAGUGGAUUUCUUUGUUCCUUUUGAAGUCAGGAAUCGCAGAUCUUGUCUCGCCAGUUUUCCGACUCUCUGGGACAUGUGCCACUGACCUGGUGAACACAUUGACCACCAACAAGGAUCUCCACGUCAUUUUUUCGUACCUUUUCUAUGGUGUUCCUCCAAAGGACUCGAGUAUUUUGAUAAAUUCCCUCCUGGUCCAUCACUACAAGCGAGGGGCUUACUACCCCAAAGGCGGUGCCAGCGAGAUUGCCUUCCACAUCAUCCGUACGAUUCAGAAAUACGGCGGCAACUGUCUGGUACGAGCACCCGUCUCGCAGAUCUUGGUUGACGACAAGGGGACGGCACACGGUGUGAAGGUGAGGAAAGGUGGAGAAGAGGUGGAGAUCCACGCCCCGGUUGUGGUUUCAAACUGUGGCAUCUUCACCACGUUCCAGAAACUUCUCCCUCCUGAGAUCCAGAUUAAGACAGACAUCCAAGAAAGACUGAACAUGAUGAAGCAUGGCAGAGGAUCCUUUUUAGUCUUUUCUGGUUUUGACGGGACAGCGGAGGAACUUGGUUUGGAGUCCACAAACUUCUGGUUGUUCAAGAACAACGAUAUGGACAAAUCGAUGGAGGACUUUUUCGCUUUGAGCAAAGAGGAAGCACCAGACAACAUCCCCAUGAUGUUCAUCACCAUGCCAUCAGCCAAAGACCCGGAGGCCAAAAUAAGACACCCUGGAAAAUCUUGCAUGACCAUCCUGACUAUGGUGAAGUACGAAUGGUUUGAAGAAUGGAAGGACACCACCGUCCGCAAACGUGGCGACGAAUACCACAACUACAAAAUGAGAUUCGCUAAUAAUCUCUUCAACUGGGCCUGUCAGUUGUUCCCAAAAAUCAAAGAUAAGUUGGUAUUCCAGGACGUGGCAACGCCACUCACCAAUACGCACUAUCUGGGCGCCCAGCGUGGCGCUAUGUACUCUGCCGAACACAAUCUGGACCGCUUCAAAGCUGAGGCCGUGGCCAGGAACCGCUGCCACACUCCUGUGAAGAACCUCUACCUGUCUGGUCAAGAUGUGUUCAGCUGCGGAAUCGCGGGCGCUUUGCACGGCGGCAUCUUGUGCGCCUCGGCCGUACUGGACCAUAUUGUCUACAUCGACCUGCUCCUUAUCAAGAAGAAGCUGAAGCGGCGCAAGGCCAAGGAGCUAGCCAUACUGGCUUGCAAGAAGUUGCAAUGA